UUCUAUAUCUUAUCGUGUACUGUUAUUAUUUAUUUACAUGUAAUUUUUUAUCCACUCAUUUGUUUUCUAAAACAAAAUUUAAUUCAUUAGAAAUGAACGAAAAAUGUCCUACCUACAGUGCCUAAUUACACAAUGUUUUGUCGUUCUUUUCAUGAUACCUACAAGCCUAUCUGAAAGUAUUCCGUAUGCUGACGAGCCUUAUCGACCACUCGGUCCACUUGUAAAAUGCAACUUCUUACCAUUGGAAUUUCUUAAUUGCAAAGAACCAUUAGACCAUAAAGGGAACCACUCAGCCAGAGAUGCUGCUGGUCACGGCUGCGUGAAGUUUGGAGGAGUCAGAUACGAUGAAGUUGAAAGAACGAAAGCGCAGUGUGAAGUGCUUAGUCAUAUAGAAUGCCACGGCGCUAGAACCUUCUUGAAGGACGGGUUUCCCUGUGUGCGAUACUCUGGACAUUAUUUCACCACAACUUUGAUCUAUAGCAUACUGUUGGGUUUCUUGGGAAUGGAUAGAUUUUGUUUAGGACAAACUGGCACUGCUGUGGGAAAAUUACUGACCCUAGGAGGCUUGGGUAUAUGGUGGAUAGUGGAUGUUGUAUUAUUAAUAACAAACAGCUUGCAUCCAGAGGAUGGCAGUAAUUGGAAUCCUUAUGUUUAGUAGUCAAUAAUAUUAGUAAUUUAUUAAGUUACAUAAAAUGUAAAUUUUUAUGAAAGUAAAAAAUCUAUGUAA